AUGCCACCAGGUUCUGGGAUGCCACCAGGUUCUGGGGUGGCACCGGUUCCAGGGAUGUCACCAGCUCCGGGAAUGCCACCAGGUUCUGGGAUGCCACCAGGUUCUGGGGUGGCACCGGUUCCAGGGAUGUUCUGGGAUGCCACCAGGUUCUGGGGUGGCACCGGUUCCAGGGAUGUCACCAGCUCCGGGAAUGCUGCCGUCAACCGGGAUGUCACCAGCUCCAGCGAUGCCACCGGCUCCAGGGAUGCCACCGCCAACCGGAAUGCCACCAGGUCCAGGGAUGUCACCAGCUCCGGGAAUGCCACUGUCAACCGGGAUGUCACCAGCUCCAGGAAUGUCACCAGCUCCAGGGAUGCCACCACAGCUGGUGCCCACCAUGCAGCCGCAGCUGGCUCCAGGGAUGCCACCAGCUCCAGAGAUGCCACCAACCAUUGGGAUGCCACCAACGGUGGGGAUGUCACCAGCUCUAGGGAUGCCACCAGCCCAAGGAAUGCCACCAACAGUGGAGAUGCCACCAUCAUCUGGGAUGCCACGAACCCAAGGAAUGCCACCAUGCCCCCAACCCCAGGGAUGCCACCCCCACCCCAA